AUGGAGGCCAACACCCCUCUCGCCGGGACUGCUGUGAAAGGAAGUGGGCCACAUUGCCGGAGACCCCUGGCAAUCUCCCAUACUCUUGCAUCAUUUGCUCUCGGUAGAGCGCCGGUUUGUGUGCGCAAGUUCCACAGGCUGCCCGUGUCGUCGCUCGCUCUCCAUUGGCUCCCCACUUCCCUCAGCCUUUCACGCCGGGCCAGCCUUCACACAGUGUGUGCAUCCAACCUACGCUGUGCCUCGGAACUCGGACUCCCAACGCGCUGUUCUGAAGAGAAAUUCAAUUUAAACCUCAACAAAAAAGAAAAGAUGGAGAAAAAGAGCGAGGUCAACGGGCACGCCGUGCCCAGCUCGGCGGCCACCGACCGGCUCGUGGAGCGGGGCGCGCGGAGGAGCUGCCUGCAGAAGCUGGCGGAGUUCCUGAGGAAGAACCUGCUGGUGAUCAUGACGGUGUCCGGCGUGCUGGUGGGCGUCGGGCUCGGCAUGCUGGUCCGCAGCAUGAGCCUCACCAAGGCGCAGAAGACCUACUUCGCCUUCCCCGGCGAGAUGCUCCUGCGGAUGCUGAAGAUGAUCAUCCUGCCCCUGGUCGUCUGCAGCCUCGUGUCCGGCGCCGCCAGCCUUGACACCCGCUCCCUGGGGAAGCUGGGGGGCAUCGCGGUCGCCUACUUCCUGGUGACCACGCUGAUCGCCUCGGGGAUCGGGGUGGCGCUGGCCUUCAUCAUCAAACCCGGUGUGGGCGCGGGGUCCCUGAGCCUGGGACUGGAGACACUCAGCAGCAACAAAGAGACCACCGACUCCUUUCUGGAUCUGGCCAGGAAUUUAUUCCCAUCGAAUUUGGUGGCUGCUGCUUUCCGUUCUUAUGCCACUGACUACGAGAUGGUUGCCGUAGGGAACGACACCAAUGGGACAACCCUUUAUCAAAAGGUGCCUUUUGGUACCGAAACAGAUGGCAUGAACAUCCUAGGUCUGGUGUUAUUUGCCAUGGUGUUUGGCGUGGCACUGAGGAAGCUGGGAGAGGAGGGGGAAGAACUCAUCAGGUUCUUUAACGCUUUCAACGAGGCCACCAUGGUGCUGGUGUCCUGGAUCAUGUGGUAUAUCCCUUUUGGCAUCAUGUUCCUGGUGGGCAGUAAGAUUGUAGAGAUGGAAGAUGUGGUUCUUCUGGUCACCAGUCUGGGGAAAUACAUCUUCGCUUCAAUCCUGGGCCACGUCAUCCACGGGGGCAUCGUCCUGCCCCUCAUCUACUUUUGCUUCACGCGCAAGAACCCCUUCAGUUUCCUGUCGGGCCUCAUCACGCCCUUCACCACGGCCUUUGCCACCUGCUCCAGCUCAGCAACUCUCCCCUCCAUGAUAAAAUGCAUGGAGGAGAACAACGGCGUGGACAAGCGCAUCAGCCGCUUCAUCCUCCCCAUCGGGGCCACCGUCAACAUGGACGGGGCGGCCAUAUUCCAGUGCGUCGCUGCCGUCUUCAUCGCUCAGCUCAACAAUUUCGAGCUGAACGCCGGGCAGAUCUUCACCAUCCUGGUGACAGCUACAGCCUCGAGUGUCGGUGCAGCAGGCAUCCCGGCCGGCGGCAUCAUCACCAUCGCCAUCAUCCUGGAGGCCAUCGGCCUGCCGACCAAAGACUUGUCCCUCAUGCUGGCUGUUGACUGGAUUGUGGAUCGUACCACCACGGUGGUGAAUGUGGAGGGCGAUGCUCUGGGUGCCGGAAUCCUCCACCACAUCAACCAGCAGGAGAUGAAGAAGCAGCAGGAGCAGCAGCAGGACAGGGAGCUGGCGGAGGUCCGGGUGGAGGCGGUGGCCAACGUCGAGGCCGAGGAGGAGACCUCGUCUCUCGUCACGUACCAAACCAAAGCCUCAGCGGCCAUGCCGGAAGCCAUUGAGUCUGUCCUGUGAGACUCCGCUAGACUUUUUAAUUUUUCUUUUCCCCUGACCUUUUUGACAUUUCGGUACUUCUGAUGCUGCUGCUGACUGGACACCGUUCUGAUUCUGGUGUCCUUUCAAAAAACAAGGUCACUGAUGGUUUCCCUUGUGAGGGAGGUGCCAUAUAGUAACAGUCUUUUUCUAGAGCAUAGACAGUCUACAGUGUACAUUGUGCUGCUGUUGUGCUUUCCAAAUUCGGUCACUUGGUCUCAAUAACUGGGAUUCCAUCAAAGAAUUUUCACGCAGAUUAGGAUAUAAUGAAUUUGAGAAUAAUUAAUUCGGAAAAUAUUUCCUUAAAUUUAGCAAAAAAGCUAAUAUAUAUUUUUUAAAAUUUAGAUUAAGGCAUUUUGCGAUAAACAGUGAUGGAAACACAUUAUGUGUAAAAUAUCCCUAAAACAUUCCCAUAAAUGUCGUAGUCUUUGUCUGGUGUGCUGUGUGAGAUGCUCACGGCCAUACGUUUGUACAUUAUAGCAUCGUCAAGUGCAUUUCUUUUUUUAUCCCCAGACAGCAAAUACAACGACCAACAUUAACUGUAGAACACUAAGAACUCGCCAAAUGCCGAUAAGCUUCUGUCAUAACUUAAUUACACGUUCGGGAUACCUGUUCAAUCACUUCAACUAAGCUGGUGGAAUGUAUUUGCAUGUUAUUUGUUCAGCUCAUUGGCUUUACAUUCUCUGCUGGAUGGAAAGAGCAAAAAUGUAAAGUCAAAUCCGAAUGAAAAAGGGAAUUGUUUGGUUCCAGGUUUAAAAGUUGUUGUUCGUCAUAAUCUAGAGAGUUGUUUAGAAGAUGUGCCCAGGCUUUUAUUUCACCCUCUUAAAUGACAGGAUAAUAAUUUGGCCUCUUGUGACCUGUUUCUCUAGUCACACACUGUUCCAGUUGGUAAAGCAUUUUGAACAUUGGACCAUUUGAAAUGGUGCGUUUGUAUGCAUGACUUGUUUUAUCUCCCCGAAUAAUCCUGUUAACCCUCGAGUAAACACAAUGUUGGGGUCCUGAUUCUCUCUUAUAGACCUACUAUUGAAAAUGACCUCACAAAAAAAACAAGUGAAAACAUGAGAAGGCACGUAACUUAACUUGCCUUCGUUUCCCGGCUGAUAUCAGCAUUUUCCAAGCACGCUCCUCUAAUUUUGUAAUGACAGCGGUUUAAGGUUGCUUUACAAUUUGCUCGUUGAGUCAACUUUCAAAACCCUUUUUUUGAAUUGGAUGAGUAAACUGCACAUUUCUGUGUGUUGGCAUCUUUCUUACCAAUUUCUUACAAAAUACGUUCGAACAAUACAUUAAUGUUCCAAUUUAUUUAUAAAAGUAGCUUGUAGCUUCUUUGCUAAUUGGUUUUGAGAAAUACAUUACCAAGGAGUCUGAAAAGUAGCUAGUGGUUUGUUUUGGGCUUUAUUUGCUAGCUAAUUAGCCAGCUAAAGCAAACAUUAACAUCAGCUAACUAUGAUUGUAGCUCUCAUUUCUUGGCUAAUGUUUGAUUAGCUAAUAUAUAUAUAAGGUGUUUAGACUUCGUUGUGGUUAGCUGACCUGAUACUUAAGUUAACUAGCGAUUGUAACAAACUAAACAGGUGGUAUGAAACGAUUGAUUUAUGGUGAAAAUAUCAGCUCCCAGUCCAAAAAAAGGACAGAAAUAAAUAUAUCCAGUCCUGUUGAGAUAGCAAACAACAAGCUACAUAAAUGCAACCCGCUGUUGUUGUCCAAAAGCUGAAAACCUCCAACAUGGUGGAGAGCUAUAUGAAGGCAUCAUGAUGAGGGUCGUGUAUAGAAAGAAGGUAACCAACAAGUUGCAAAACUUUCACAAGAUGGUUGAGGUUAGGCAUUGACCACGGAUGUUUACGGUUGGGCAAGGUCAUUUGGAAACAAGUUUUGCGAGGGUUUUCGCAACUUGUGGGUUACCUUCUAGACACGUCCCUUGAUUAUGUUAAGUUCAGCAUUGACCUCAAAAGGUUAAGGUUAGGCACUGACCUCCAAUGAUUAAGUUUAGGAUACGUUGUCGGGCAGCAAGUCUGGCGUCAAUGCGGUAUGUUAUACAGUUUGGCAUUAAGGAAACUGCCACAUUUCGGAUGGUUUAAGCAAAACAAAGUCUCCCUUUAGGAGGCCGGACUUGACAGCGAAUGGGCCUCUGCUGUCCUCCAGUGGUGACGGGUGUUAAUGUGAAAGUAGCAAACUGAGGGUGAUGACGGCAAAUAUCCUGGUUGGACCACUUUUGUGUCACAGUUUUACAACUGGCAUCAUGUAAUGAAAUCUGCGGUAAUAUUUCCUAUUUAUUUGAUCCAACAUUCAUGAGGGAACAGCUGGUGAAGUGGCUGCUCCUGUGAUAUGACACUGUAUUUGAAUAGGUGAAGGAGUAUCAUGUAUGUGAACAUGAGCCUGGGGCUGCUUUAGUUUUGUAUCACGGCGUGUAUGUUGACACUGUCCGCCGUUAAGAGGAAGUAAAUCUGGUAUUUCUUGUCAUUUUAGAUCGAACAGAUGACUUUUCUACGCUAACAAGUGCUCUGUUAACCUACAGCUUUGUGACUAGAUUCUGUUGAGUAUAUCUGCUACAAUCACAUGUGAUUACACAUAAUGUGGUACAUGUAUUUGAUAUAUACCUAUAUAUUUGAUAUUAAUUUAUUGUAAUUGUUUGUACUUUCUCCUUUCUAACACUUUCUCUCAGUGUAAAUUGUUUUAUUAUGAUGUGAUUUUUUAAAUGAACACUCUUGCCAGUAUUUCUGAUAACCUGCUGUCAGCAAUGUACUUUAAUUCCUGUUGAGUUUUAUUUUUUUUUAGGAGUAUCUGCUGCCUUGAUGUGCCAUGUCAAUGUGUAACACUGUUAACAGUUGUCUCUUUGCUGUUGGUCCUGCUGUCUGUCAACAUUAAAAGUGAUACAGUACGUUUUUUCAUGCAACCCAAA